CGCCACAAGACUCCAGCCAGGCAAGCAAUCAUCGGCAUUCGGGUCGCGGUGUAGUUCGCUGUUCGAUCGCUUGAUAAAAAGUUUAGGAAGGAGUGGGAAGAAGGUAUUGAUAGUGGUGCGGUGGCUUGUGUUUUCGGUUUUCCUGCACCUAUACACAAUGUGACAACACGAAUCGAGCGGCGGGGUAAAAAAGGAAAAGUCAGAUUUUCCCAAUCGACCGACUGUCUGUCAGUUUACAUUUGCGAAUAGAUCGAGUUGGGUGUGGAAAUUGGAGCACUUGGAUGUUGAAUUGCUAACAGUUGCAGUGCAGUGAGGUAGUGGAUGAGAAUAUCUUGUGCAUUUCAAUUACGUGAAUGGUGGAAAGGUAUCCCGCGUAAGAACUGAGCGUUGCUACGCAGUAGUUUUAUUGGUCUGAUAGCUUGUUUUGUCUGGCAAGACACAUUCCAGAGCGUACAGGAAAAAAAUCGUUACCGAACGAGGAAUGAGCGACAAUAAUUAAAAAUAGUGGAGUUGAACUCAUUUUUGUUCAGAACGUUGUUCAAUUAAACCAAUCGCGCCACUGCAAGAUCUUGCUAGAACAGAAUAAAAUGGCUAGAAAAUAUAGUGUCGUGUUCGUGCGCCAUGGCGAAAGUGAAUGGAACAAGAUGAAUCUCUUCUGCGGAUGGCACGACGUUGGACUUAGCGAAGAAGGUGAAUGGGACGCGCUGGAGAUUUCAGCCGCAGCACUGAAACGUGAGAAUAUGAGCUUCGAUGUGGCGUUCACCUCCUGUCUACGCCGCGCCAACCAAACACUGGAAGUCAUUCUGAAGGAAUUGAAUCUCAGCCACAUACCGGUGCACAAGCUGUGGCGAUUGAACGAGCGCCACUACGGCGCCUUGACCGGUUUCAACAAACGACAGAUGGCCGACAUAUACGGGGAACCGCAGGUGCAACUUUGGCGGCGCAGUUUCAACGUACCGCCACCUCCGAUCGAAGCGAACAAUCCGUACUUUAGUUCCAUUCGGAACAAUCCCAACUUUCGGCAUAUCAACGAGAAGGAUUUUCCGCUGACGGAAACACUCGAAACUACUAUGCAGCGGGUAGUUCCGGAGUGGUCCGAUACGAUUAUUCCAGAGGUGCGCGCUGGGAAAAAAGUGCUUGUGGUAGCCCACGGUACAAGCUUGCGAGGAUUGGUCAAGCAUAUUCAAGAUAUUUCAGAUGCGGACAUUAUGAAGUUUAACCUGCCCAAUAGUAUUCCAUUCAUCUUCGAUUUCGAUGAAAACAUGAAGAUGGUUGGGGGCAUUCGAUUCCUGGCCAACGAAGAUACAGUACUGAAGGCAAUGGAGAAAGUGGCUUCGAUAGGAAAGUAAGCGCGGAGCUGGCUGUUGCCGUAGGAACUCUACCUCAUUUUGAGCGUGAAAUGAAAGGUUUUCCAGAUUAGACUGUUCGCAGAACUGUACAUUUUAUUCAACAUUAUGGCCAUAGCAUUAGUAUCGUUAAUAUCUUAUAGUUGUAAGCACUUGUACUACGAGUUGUAAUAUGUUUGGAACGUAGAACUAACGCGGUUGGAAAUUGUCGUGUACUAGCAUACCCAUUCAGUGAGUACAUACCGCAAAAGAAAGAUUAAUCCGUAUGCUAGUGUUGUUUAUUUUAUUCAGAGCAGUGUACUAUUAUUUAUAUUUACUAGAUUUGUUGGAUCUUUAUCUCAGGUGGUUGAUUACACCUAUAAACAUGAAACAUUCAGUAGUACAGCAAACCCAGUUAGCUGCAUAAGUUAUCUCUGUUUGUAAAUGAAAUCCGUUCUAAGUGCUGUUUAUUUAAUUACUAGACAGUAGACUGAGCAAGCACGGAUUGAAGGUCUAUACUAAA